AUGAAUUCCCCCCGGCGUUCCGAAAUGCUGGUGCUGCGCACAUGUCGCGAGGUGUCUGUACACCGCAGCACUUGCGGCCGCGUGCGCGAGGGCUUCCCCGCGAGCUGCCCCAUCCUGGCGGCGACGCCGGAGCAGCAGCAGCAGCAGCUGCUGCUGCUGCAGCAGCAGCAGCAGCAGGGCCGCUGCGAAGGCUGCGUGGCCCCCCGCAGACGCAUUGGCUUCGUGCCCACCAUGGGGGGCCUCCACUGGGGUCACUUGUCCCUCAUAAGGGCUGCAGAGCGCCACUGCGACGAAGUUUGGGUUUCUAUUUUUUUAAAUCCAACUCAGUUUCAAUCCCAAGAGGACUUCGACACAUAUCCAAUCAAAGUUGAAGAAGACUUGCAUCUCCUCACAACUCAAACAAACGCCCAAGUCCUUUUCCUCCCCGAGGCCUCCGAAAUGUACCCUCACCUUGCCCCCAGGAGGGGGGCCCCCGCGGGGGCCCCCGGGGGGGGCCCCCCGGUGGGGGCCCCCGGGGAGGGGCUGGCCCCCGGGGGGCGCCCCACGGCGGGGGGCCCCCCGGUGGGGGCCCCCGCGCAGCGCAGAGGGGUCCCCUUUGCCGAGCUGGUGGUGGACUUUGACGGAAUUGAAGAAGUGGAGGGAGAGGGAAAGAGACGGCCGGGUUUCUUUCGGGUCAGCUCCGGGUGUAUAGACACCCGAGUAGUCCUCUGCCCCACAGCCAGGGGCCCCCAGGGCCUCCCUUUUGCUUCCCGCAACAAAAGGCUGACGCAGCAGCAGCUCGAAAAGGCCCAAGAGGCCUGCGCUGUGCUCAAAGAAGUCGAGGCCCUCUACAACAAAGGCACUCGGCAAAUCGGGGCCCUCAGAGCAGCAGCAGCAGCAGCAGCAGAACGCGUUGGGGCUCAUUUGGAGUACCUUGCAUUCAACCGGCAAGCAGAUGGAGCCCCAAUAGUGCCUUUGGGGGCCCCCCGGGGGGCCCCCCGGCGGGCCAGUGAGGGGGCCCCCGGGGGUACCCCUAAUGUGGACCCCACGGGGGGCCCCACAGGGGCCCCCAGAAGGGCCCCUUGUGAAGCCCCUGAGGGGCCCCCACAGGGGGAUGAGGGCUCUUUGCCGGAAAAUGACCAGAUAUGUGUGGCUGUGGCCAUAAGGAUGGCCCCGGGGUGUUCCAUAGUGGACAACUUUGUGCUUUCGGACACCCACAAGUUCGGAGAUCUGCUGCCGCCGGUGCCCAACAGCGCCGAGGCGGUGCCAAGUGCUGCUGCAGCGUUGCUGCCUCUGCAUGCGGCCCCCUGCGUGCUGCUGCUGCGGUCCUUGUCCCUGCAGCUGCUGCAGAAGAGCCCUCCCGCAGCAGCGGCAGCAGCAGCAGCAGCAGAGUGGGCGCAGACAGUGGAGGAGCUAGAGGCCCUGGAGCUGUCGGACCCCGUCGUCUCGAGCCUGAGCUCUGCAGAAAGGCAGAAGGCCUGGCCGUGGGCCUCUGCUGCUGCUGCUGCAGCUGCAGCGCCGAGCAGCUACUUCCUGCUGCGGCGGCUGCGGUGUACAGACAGCCCCGGAGAGCUCGUUGCCUACUUGGCAUUCACUAGAGUCCAAAAUAAAUCCAUUUGCAUUCAGCGAAUCUUUGUCGCCCCGAAAGAGAGGCGAAAAGGAAUUGCGGAGGCCUUUUUCUGCACAUGCAUGCUGCUGCUGCAGCAGCAGCUGCUGCAGCAGCAGCUGCAGCAGCAGCAGGCUUCAAACGAGCAGCAGGUGACAUGCGUCGUGCCCCAGCUCGCUCUCAAGGUUAUGGAAAAGAGCUUUGGGUUCACCCCUGAGGGGGGCCCCCACGAAGGGGGCCCCCACCAGGGGGGCCCCCACGAAGGGGGCACCCCCACAGUGGCUGUCUCGCUGGAGCUGAAUGCCUUAGCGCAGCGCCUCCUGAGGCCCUAG